UUAGUAAUGCAUGAAGGGCUACUUUGACUUCUUUUAAUAAUAUUUGUUCGUUUGUUAAAGCUUAAAGUUUGUUGUAGUUGAAACAAUAUUUUACAUUAGUAUAAAAAGAAUUAACAAUUUUUUAAACAAUUUUAAACAGAAUAUAAAAGGGUUAAACACUUAUGCUUGGUUUCUAAAUAUAUUCGAGAUGAACUUUUUUUACGGCUUCUUUUUCAUUCCAUCUGUUUCAAGCCUGCUAUGUUACAAGCAGCAGUUGAAUCAAACAAACUCAGAUGGGACGAUAUACAAUAAUUGUGCCGUGUGCCAGGCACUAGAGUACAAUUUUCCUAAUGGAACUUAUUUUGUUCAAAAUUGUAUUACAGGAAACUCAGGUUGUGUUUGCCCUACAAGCUCCAUGAGUACACUUACAAGAUGUCAGUGUUGUUCUGCUGAUUUAUGUAACACUGUCAUUUUUGAAACUGUGAAGAAAGACAGCAAAAAUACUUUGGAAUGUUACGAUCAAGAAUUGCAAAUUUACACAUUGACCGGAAUAACACAAUACACUUCUGACCUUUCAUCAGAAGUUGGGUGUUCUAUGUGCAUGAUAUUAAACGAAACUAACUACGGUUUUAAAACAGCGCAAAUUAUACAAUCCUGUGUUACUAACCAAACUUCUUGUGUUUAUGAUAAAAACAUCUAUUCAAACCCAGACUCUAUAUACACGGCAACUUGCUGUUAUAAAGAUCUUUGCAACAAUUUGAAUUCCGACAAUCCAACUAUCCCAAACUGUAGUUUUACUUUUAGGUUUGGGUUUUGGAAUGUUUUCGGAACCUUAUUUUUGAUUGUCGCUAAUGUAUAAUUUUUUUUUA